CCCACCAGGCGCUGGAGCUGCCCGUCCCUCCUGCCCGCCUGCUGCCCUGUGAGACAAGCGUCCCCAUCAAGGACCAAGGCCCAGACCAUGUCCCGCCUGGUGGAAUGUGUCCCCAACUUCUCGGAGGGAAACAACCAAGAGGUGAUCGACGCCAUCUCCCAAGCCGUGGUGCAGACCCCGGGCUGUGUGCUGCUGGACGUGGACGCCGGCCCCUCCACCAACCGCACCGUCUACACCUUCGUGGGGCGGCCGGAGGACGUGGUGGAGGGGGCCCUCAAUGCCGCCCGGGCAGCCUUCCGGCUCAUAGACAUGCGCAGGCACAAAGGGGAGCACCCGCGCAUGGGCGCCCUGGACGUGUGCCCCUUCAUCCCGGUGAGGGGCGUCAGCAUGCACGAGUGCGUGCUCUGUGCCCAGGCCUUUGGCCAGCGGCUGGCAGAGGAGCUGGGCGUGCCAGUGUAUCUCUAUGGCGAGGCGGCGCAAACGGCCAGCCGCCGGACCCUGCCAGCCAUCCGGGCCGGGGAGUACGAGGCCCUGCCUGAGAAGCUCAAGCAGGCCGAGUGGACGCCCGACUUUGGCCCCAGCUCCUUCAUCGCCAGCUGGGGGGCCACGGCCACGGGGGCCCGCAAGUUCCUCAUCGCUUUUAACAUCAACCUGCUCAGCACCAAGGAGCAGGCUCACCGAAUAGCCCUCAACCUGCGGGAGCAGGGCCGCGGGGCUGACCAGCCAGGACGUCUGAAGAAGGUUCAGGGCAUUGGCUGGUACCUGGACGAGAAGAACCUGGCUCAGGUGUCUACCAACCUCCUGGACUUCGAGGUCACAGCCCUGCACACGGUCUAUGAGGAGACCUGCAGAGAGGCCAAGGAGCUGAGCCUCCCGGUGGUGGGCUCGCAGCUGGUGGGCCUGGUGCCCCUGCAGGCCCUGCUGGACGCCGCGGCCUUCUACUGCGAGCGGGAGAACCUCUUCGUCCUGGAGGAGGAGCAGCGGAUCCGGCUGGUGGUGAACCGGCUGGGUCUGGACUCCCUGUCCCCCUUCAACCCUAAGGAGCGGAUCAUUGAGUACCUGGUCGAUGAAGGUGGACCUGAGCAGAACCUGGUUGACAAGCCCCUGCGUGCCUUUGUCCGUGAAGUGGGUGCCCGCUCGGCAGCCCCAGGUGGUGGCUCGGUGGCAGCAGCCAGUGCGGCCAUGGGUGCCUCGCUGGCCUGUAUGGCUGGCCUGAUGAGCUACGGCAAGCGACAGUUCGAGCACCUGGAUGCAGCCAUGCGACGCCUGAUCCCGCCCUUCCAUGCAGCCGCAGCCCAGCUGACGGCACUGGUGGACGGGGAUGCCCAGGCCUUUGCAGCCUGCCUGGAAGCAAUGAAGCUGCCCAGAAGCACACCUGAGGAAAAGGACAGGCGCUCGGCCGCCCUGCAGGAGGGGUUGAGGCGGGCGGUGGCGGUGCCCCUGGCGCUGGCGGAGACGGUGGCCACGCUGUGGCCGGCGUUGCAGGAGCUGGCCUUGUGUGUGAACCUCGCGUGCCGGUCGGACCUGCAGGUACAUGGUGGGGCCUGUUGGGCAGCCGCCGUGUGGACAGUGGUGGGUCAGGGGCUAUCACAGCCGUUCAUGGGCAUUUGCAGGGCACGGGCACGGGGUGCUGACUGGCCCCAUGUCUGUCAGACCCGCCAGCGCAUCACCAGCCUCCUGCAGGAGGCCAAGACCCAGGUGGCGCUGGUGCUGGACCGCCUGGAGGAGCGACAGGAGUGACAGUGGGCGGCGACCUCGUGGACUCUGCACCCCCAGAAGCCCCGCUCCCUUUGCAGUAGGGUCCAGCUUGCCCGACAGGACAGGGCGGCCUUUGGCACAGUCCUCGUGAGGUCCAGACAGUGAGCGUGGGAGUGGGUGGGGCCUCUCUGUGUCCCCCUCUGUCACCUGCGGCCUUCACUAAAGUCACAACACACCAGUGCCUGUGUAGUGUGUUUG